AUGCCAAGAGUCCCUGCCAUUGUUUCCAUAGGUGGGUAUGCCGGAUUCGUAAACAAUUUUGCAGUGGAGGUGCACUACCGAACUGUGAUGCAGGUAGAGGGAAGGGAAAUCAGUCGGGAAGACAGGAGCACAGUUGAACAUGUGGAGACAACAAAGCUGUAUCAUGGCAUCACAGCUGAUCAGAGAAAAUUGAUUCUUGAAGAUGCAUUGAUUGUGGCUAGACAAGGUUUGGGCUUUGUCUUUGAUGGAAUUUUGUCAAACAACUGGAAAAAAGUGCAGGAAAAAAGUGUGUAUGUUGAAACACAAAUAAUGGAAAUGCUUAUAAUUCAGAGAAAGCCAUGGGAGGAAGAGUCACAAGACAAAACAAACCCACCUGAUUUUGAACAUUCCAGAGAUGAGGAAGAUCAGCUGGAGGAGGUCACAAUUGCAUCAGGGAAUGAUGAUUCCAAGCACAUUUCAAUUUUUUGCUCUGUGUGUCAACCAAUGAUAUAUCCAUACCACCUUCUUGAUCAUAAGAAAAUGCACAAAGCCCUAACUUUGCUGGGCUUUGAUAGCCCACAAAGACAGACUGACAACAAAACACUUAUUCAGAGACAGAAACUAAUUUCAAAAUUGACCAAGAUUCCUAAAUAUUCCAAGACACACAGGCAGAAGAUUGAUUAUUCAUUUGAAUUCCUUAUGGAUCAUCACACUCCAACAUCAUAUUGUGAUCUUGCUAAUAUUAACAAUCCUAGUACUUUUAAGAAAGCAAAUAAUCCUUUAAUAAAAGCAUUAUCUGUUUGCCAAGAUAAAAACUCCACGUGGCAGGGAGACAUGGAAGACAGAUUUAUGGUGCUCGACAACUAUGGCAACAGGCCAGAUACGUGUUUUCUGGGGUUAGCUGAUGGCUCUCACGGUGUGACGGCUGCAGACAGGGUUGCAGCAGAGCUUCCACUUUUAUUUCUUGACCAGCUUGCUCAAGUGGAUUCCUCCUACAAAAAGAGUAAGGACGAACAGCAAAUUCUAGAUUCUUUUGCCACAGUAAUCAAGGCAGAUUAUAGGGAAAAAGAGAAGAUUUUCUCUGAUGAACCAGGCAAUGAUGAGUCCAGCAUGACCAAUACUUACAAAUGGAUUCACAAAGCAUAUGCCAAGUCCUUUUGGAGAAUGGACAGACUUUUAUGACUGGGAAGGAAUGAGGUUUCCAAAGGUCGCUGGAGCGGCUGUUCAGCUGUUACCUGUUUGGUGGAAAGAAUCCCCAGUGAAGAGGCAGACGGCACUGAGGAAGAAGAAAGGAAACAUUUUGAAAACAACACACACAGCCCAUUAGCCAGGACAGCCAAAGGUGCUGCUGGGUUACUGAACACUGCAAAUAUAGGCAAUGUGCAUGCAGUCUUAUGUAAAAAUGGAAAGGGUCACUGCCUCUCAAAAAAGCACAGCACUUCUAACAUAAGCGAGAGAGAAUGCAUACUUCAGAACGGUGGAAACAUCAGCACAAAUGAACCGGAUAGAUUGGUAGAAGGGUACCUGAGAACUACACGGGGCCUUGGACAUAAUGGAGAUCCAGUACUAAAAAGAUGUGUUAUACUUGUACCUCAUACCAUAUCUGUCCCUAUCGAUGAUACUUGUCAGUUUCUUAUUUUAGCUUCUAAUGGGCUUUGGGAAGUUUUGAAUUACAAUGCAGUACUCGCAUUAGCUCUAACAACAUUCACUCAUUAUUUGAGAAUGUAUGAAUGUGUUCAACAAAACCUUACUGAAGGCAACUUAGAUGACUCAAAGGCAAUUAAUGAUCUGCAAGAUGGAAUAGAGAUACUGUAUUCUAAUAAAGACAUUUUUGUCACCAUCUCAAAAGGCGACCUGAAACAAAAUAAGGCAAAAUGUUCUAGCAGAAGCUAUUUGCAAAGCGAAGAUGGAAUUCCUAAGGAAACCUACGACCACAAAAAUCAAUCUGAUCCAGAACUGCCUCUUUUCAGUAAGAACGAAGCAGAUUCGCACAGAGAGAUAAAGCAGUCCAAUUCUACCACACAAAGUAGCUCUGAAGAACUGAAACAGUUCCAGGUUUAUCUGUGUUGCAGUUCUCAGCCACAGCCACAGACUGCAGCGCAAGAAGAAACAGAUACCAACACUGUCUGUGCGACUGGUUCAAGUUGCACCUGUGAACAGCUGCAAGAGAAUGUACUGGCAACAGGGUCUGAAGCCGUGAAACAGCUCCCAAAAGAUAUAAAAGCAUGCCCACCCAAUUAUAACUCAGGUCCACAACUAGCAGAAAAAAUGGAUUCCAAGGUAUUUUGUGACAAACUGACUGCAUCACCAGUGGGUUCUACACCACCACCACAGUUUGAAGAGGACAGAAAAAUGUACCCAUCCAAUUGCGAAUCACAAACUGCAGGAAGAGGCAGCGUCACCUCUGAGACGCUCUGCGACAACACAGCAACCUACAUUAGUGAACAACUGGUAAAGACUGCGUUAGCUGCAGGUUCAAGAGAUAACAUUGCUGUUUUGUUUGUACUUCUAAAUGGAUGCGAUAAGAUACCCAAUUACGUCAACAUUUAA